CACGCGUUGUUUAUUGUCGGCAUUUGAGAUUUUUUUUAGACCAUUUGCAUAUAGCAAGCAGCACAAUGGCAGUUUUGCGCGGUUGGAGAUUCAUGGCGUUUGUGUCCUGCAUAAUUGGAGCCGUUGGAUUAACUUUAUAUCCAGUUGUAGUGGAUCCCAUGAUAAAUAGCCAAAAAUACAAAUCGCUGCGAGAUCAAACGAUACACAAAAAAUAAUACAA